CAAAUCAAAAAAUCCUUCAAAUAUCCGACAGGACUGUCACCUCCAGGUUUUUUGGUUAUUGGCUUUUUUUUUUUUGGGUCUUCGAUUCCAACGAUACUUACGACUUAAUACUUCUUCUUUCCCUUGUCGAUUGUUCAAACAUGCCAGGCCAAGGGGAUCGUCAGGCUUUGACAGAUGUAGAAGAAGGUUCUGACAUUCCGAAUGACGCCGAAACGACAGAUCCCAGCUCACUCGAAGAACAUAUUAAAGAAGCAAGCUAUAAGAAAAUGUCAAAGACCAAUCAAGUUCAAGAGGAAGCCGAGAGUAAUACUUUGGAAGAAGAAGAAGAGGAAGAUCCUAAUACAGUUCUUAAAGAGCGUCAACUAUAUGAAAGUCUGGCAGAUCUCAAGGAGGCAGCUAUACGUUAUGCCAGGAAACGAAAAUUUGCCGUGGUUACGUUAAGAAGUGGAGAAAGGCAAUUAGUAAUGACAUGUAAACACUCGGGCACUUAUAGGGCCGCCACGAAGAAAAAAUCAGAUGAGAUCGAAGAUACAGAAACAGAGGCAGCAGAAUAUCAAGAAGACGAUGGAGACGAUUCAUCAUCAGGGGGGAAGCGUAGCCGUUCUGCAGAUACAGCUGACAGUAUUGCGAAUAAAAGAAAGCGUUUGCGAUUGAGUCAGAAGAUUAAAUGCCCUUUCCAAAUCAGAGCGAAACCAGCUAGUGAUGGUCAAUGGAUAGUUUAUACAAUAAAUGAUAUUCACAACCAUGAAAUGGCUUCUGACAUCAAAGCAUACUCUCAACAUAGAAAAGUUUCUGAUGAUGUGAGGAGACGUAUUUUGGAACUGUACAGAAUGGGUGCUAGUGCUAAAAUGAUCAGCCAUUAUUUGGAAGAGCUAGGAAUCACCAAUGUGUUCACAAAAGAUAUCUCUAAUAUUCGAACAAAUUACCUCAGAAAGCGAAAGAGGAAACUGGAGGCAUUGGAGAAGGUUAAGAUAGAGGAAGGAACAAAUGAGGAUAUCAAUAAUACAACUGCAUCUCAGUGUUUAGACGCCCAGAACAGUUUAGGCGAGCCAUAUGAAGAUCUAGAGCCACUCGAUAAUGAUAUAGUGAUCGAGCUUCAUGAGUUCUAUCAACGAUAUGUAAAGAAGCCUUCUAAGAAGUCAUAGAUUUUUUAGUAAUCGAUUUAACGAAGCGUCGUGUAUAUACCACUUUCUAUUUGAAGCAUACUCUCUUGUAAAUACGCUUGCUUUGUGGUUUAUUGUAUAGCAUUUCUUUCAAAAACCAUGUUUCAUUAAAAGUACAAAAAUACAAAAAUAAUGUUUAAUAGAAACCGACUUUAAUUUUGC